AUGCCAGCUGCCGUCGAUCCAAACGGCACUGCUGAAGGCCGUCAGGUCAAGCGCCAAAGAAUCGGUCAGGACGAGGUGGUCGUCAAGAGCCAGAGACAGCUUGGUUCUUCGCGACUUUUUGCGCCUUACAGGACUGUCGGUCUUGUUUCGCCUACCGCUGUUCCCUUCACUAGCAUCGCUCUCGGAAAGACGACCUUUCAACUCACCACAUCAGUCGGUCGCAGUCUCCAGACCUAUGACUUGCGCCGCGGUCUCAAUCUCGUUUUCAUCACCCGCCCUCAGACUCCCGAGUUCAUCACUGCAAGCAUAGCAUGGAAGGAUCUGGUAUUCGCCGCUUGGGGAGGAGAGUCUGCCGAGUCUGAGCGUGGUGUCUGGAUUUUCAAGAGAGGCAAGAAGAUUGCUGACCUGGAAAUGCCCAUGCGUCAGGAACACAACAUCGAGUCAUUCUGCAUCUUUGGUUCCUGGAUCAUUGGUGCAUGCGACAACCAGGUCCUUGUCUGGAAGUCGUCCAACUACGAACUCUACACCACCCUCCAGAGCAGCACCGCCUCUUCGUUCACCGGCACCCUCAGCAGCAUGCCCACCAUGCUCAACAAGAUUGUCGCCGGUAAGGAUGAUGGAACUGUCGAGAUUUGGAACGUCUCAAGCGGAAAGCUGGUCUACUCAGUCCUCCCUCCGGCUGCUGAUUACGGCGCCGUCACCGCUCUGCAACCCACUCCCGCCCUGAACUUGCUCGCAAUCGCCUACGAAUCCGGCCCCCUGAUCAUCCAGGAUAUCCAAGCAGACAAGAAGCUUCUCCACUUCAAUGCGAGCGCCCACGGCACAAACGGUCCCUCAAUCACAUCAAUCACUUUCAGAUCGGAUGCUAUGGGUGCAGGAGAUGAUGGUAAAAGAGCUGGUGUCAUGGCCACUGCCUCGAACGAGAGCGGCGACGUGACACUAUGGGACCUGAACAACGGCGGUCGUAAGCAAGGUGUUCUCCGUGGCGCACAUGCUCCUCCUUCCUCUGCUUCACCCGGCGGUGUCAGCAAGGUCGAAUUUCUGCCUGGUCAGGCCAUCAUUGCAACCAGUGGUCUGGACAAUAGCUUGAAAACUUGGAUCUUCGAUGAGAGUCCAUUCAACCCUGUACCUCGCAUUCUACACCAGCGCAGCGGUCAUGGUGCGCCUGUCACAACCUUGGCUUUCCUUCCUGCUGCCUCAGACGGCUCCGAUGCAAGCGGAAAGUGGCUUCUGAGCACUUCCAAGGAUCGCAGCUUGUGGGGCUGGAGUCUGAGAAGAGAUGGACAGAGCGCUGAACUUUCACAAGGCAACGUUACCAAGAAGGCCAGAAAGCAGGGUAUCCUCUCUUCCGAAGGCAGAGAUACUAUCGAGGCUCUCAAGGCUCCCCCGAUCACUUCCAUUGCUUGCUCGCUCAAUCGCGAUGGUGGUAUGGGCUCCAUGCCCGGCAAGUUCCCUAUCUGGCAAUCUGGAAAGGGCAAGACCAAGAACAGCACAGAGGCCACGAGUAUGACCGGAUGGGAGAGUGUCGUCACUGCACAUGAAGGCGACAAUAAGGCACGCACAUGGUUCUGGGGCAGAAAGAAGGCUGGAAGAUGGGCAUUCGAGACUCAGGAUGGUGGCGAAGUCAAGAGCGUUGCAGUCUCACCCUGCGGCACUUUUGCACUUGUCGGUUCGGCAAAUGGUGGCAUCGAUAUGUUCAACCUGCAAUCUGGCAGCCAUAGACAGAGAUAUCCGGCAAGGCUCACUCCGACUCAAGCACAACAACUCAAGCUCGAUUUGGCAAAAGCGGAAGAAGCAGUUGCACCGAAUGCUGAAGCCGGUAAAAAGAAGUUCUACCGCGGUCAAGGCAAGCAUACUGCUGCUGUUACCGGUCUGGCCGUUGACAACCUGAACCGCACUGUUGUCAGUUGCAGCAUCGAUGGAAAGAUCAAGUUUUGGGAUUUCAUGAGUGGCGCUCUCAAGCAAGAGAUUGACUGGUCGGGAGCUGUACAAAUCACCGGUUUGAGACUGCAUCGUGGAUCAGAGUUGGCUGCGUUCACAUGCUCUGAUGGUUGUGUUCGUGUGGUCGACAUCACCACAUUUAAGCUCAUCCGUGAGUUGAGAAUGUCGCGCUCAUCGCAAUCAAAGGCCUUUGACUUUGCCGACUUUGGCUUCUCGAAUGACGGUCGUUGGGUCAUGGCUGCAACAUCCUCCUUUGUCUGCGCUUGGGAUCUCCCGACUGGUCACUUGAUCGACGUCUUCAAGCUUCCUUCGACGUGUAACGCCAUCAGCUUCUCACCGACUGGCGAGUAUUUGGCAACAGCUAGCGAGGAACAUGUCGGUGUCGACGUCUGGUCGAACAAGACUCUCUUCACCCACGUGCCCACUCGUCACAUCAACGAGGCAGAACUAUCGACAAUCAUGGCCAGCGCAGCCCAAGCACCGACGGUCUCAGGUGAAGGUAGCAUCUCCGUCAUUGGCUCCUUGGCCAACGCACCAGACGUCGAGUCCGACGAAGAAGACUACAUGGAUACCGAUCUCGACGCAGACGCAGACCUCGAUGCCCUCUCCUCCGACCUCGUCUCCCUCUCUCUCGUCCCCCGCAGUCGCUGGCAGAACCUCCUCCAUCUGGACAUAAUCCGCCAACGCAAUGCACCGACUGCGGCACCAAAGAAGCCCGAAAAAGCACCUUUCUUCCUCCCCUCCCUGCAAGAACGACAAGCAAAUCCAGCCCUCGCAAAUGGAAACACGACACAAGACCUCGCAGCCAUCGAGCAAGAACGCAGUCGCAUCAUGAAAAUGGACCGUCAAAACACAAUCUCGAAAUUCACCUCCCUCUUACGCGACGCAUCAGAAACCGGGGAUUUUUUGCCAUUCAUCACACAUCUCAAAACCCUCACGCCCGCAGCUGCAGAUAUCGAGAUUCGCAGUCUUUCUUCCCCUAUCACAUCUUUCGAUCCAGAGUCCGGUGCUUGUAACGAACUCGUCGCUUUCGUGCGCGCAUUAUCCUUUCUUUGCGCUUCCAAACGCGACUUUGAACUCGGUCAGGCUUGGAUGGCUGUAUUUUUGAAGAUUCACUCUGAUGUCGUGAUUGAAGAUCAAGAACUUAGGGCUAGUGUCAAGGAAUGGAGAGAUCGUGUUGUAGAGGAGAAGGAGAGAGUGGAGAUGUUGGCACAGUAUUGUGGUGGUAUGGUUGGCUUUUUGCGAGCGGCUAGAGUGUAG